AUGCACACAGUGGCGAGACGGCGCCACCGGCACCUCCACGAGGAGCCCAUGGUGCCGUGCAUCUUCCCCUCCAGCUCGCUAAACACGACGCUGCUGACGCACAAUGCAGUCACCUUUCUGCCGCGGCCCGGCUCCUCAGAGGCGCCACAGGCUGACGACCCGGUCGCCUCGGCAGUCGCCGCGCUGGACGCAUCGAUUGCCGCGUGGCUUCGGCCACAGCAGACUGCGUGCAAGGAGCGCGGCUUUCGCUUCGUCGUGCGGGAGGGAGGGUUCGGUAGCACCCUCAACUCGCUCGUCAAAGAGCUCCUGUGGGCGCUGCUUCAUGGCCGGCCGCCGCUCGGCGAGGCGCUAUCAGAGCGCUCCGGCUCGCGUAGAGCGCAGCACCGGCUGAGGCUCGCGGAGCCGGCGCCGCUCGAGCUGUUUCGAAACGCCACCACCUGCGCCAACGCCAGCCUCGAGUGCUUUCUUCAGCCCCUCACCAACUGCUCGGCAGAGAGCCGCACCUCGCAGCGCGGCAUGGCGCACGGAGGCCGGUGGCUGGAGGUAGUGUCGCACGAGGAGGUGCUCGCGAUGGCUCCGCCCGGCACGGAGCCGCUGAGAGCCGACAUCGCCGCCGCUGGCCGCUUCGCCCUCGUCUCUCUCCUCCUCGCCUCGCUGCUCCGCCCCUCGGGCUCGGUCGCGGCGAGGCUGCGAGCGGUGCGCUCCUCUCUCGGCUGGCCGGAGGCGGAGCCUCGAGCGGCGAGGGGAGGGAGGGGCGCCCCGCCGCCGCUGCUGAUCGGAGUCCACCUCCGCGCCGGCGACGCGUGCGACGCCGAGGCCCUCGCGCGCCACAACCGGACGUGCGAGCCUCUGAGCGCCUUCGCUGCCGCGGUGCAGGCCGUCGUGUCGGCCUACGGCGGGAAGCGGCGAGUGCGGCGAAAGUGGCAGACCCUCAGGCGGCGGGGUGGAGGGGCCGGCGUGCGGCAGAUCGAGCAGCUGAUCUCUGGAGGCAGCGUCGACGGUCACGAGGAUGCGACGAGCGUGAUGGUCGACCUGCUGCUGCUCGCCUCGUGCGACGUCCUCAUCGGCAAGUUCUCGUCAAACAUCGACCGGCUCGCCUACUCGCUCAUGGCGGUGCGGCGCGGGCGCGAGCACCGCCGCGAACAGGCCGAGGGGGUGGCGGCCGAGGCGGAGGCCGCCAGCCAGCGCGCCUCGCCUCCGCUCUGCCUCCCUCCGUAUGUGUCACUCGACCACCCGUGGUGCGCGGACUGGGGCGUCAGGCUGCCCAUCCGCACCCUGAGCCCAUUGCCGUACGCGGCGGCUUUGCCGACCGUGCCGACGCUGCGCGAGGAGGAGGGCAGCCCUCCGCGGGUGGUGGGUGGCUUCGAGUGCUGA